CGACUCCCUCGACUCGGUAGAGGAAGGCGUGGCGUAAGGAAGCGCUCCCAUUAUCCACUUUGCUAGUCGCCCCGGGUUCGUUCACUUUCCGGGCUCAAAUGGCCGCCAUUCUCUCCCUCUCGUCGCCCCCCACUCCCACUCCCCGGCUACUCCGCCUGCCUGCUUCACCGUUCAAGGGCAACACAAGCAGUAUCAGACCCACCACCUCUUCCCCCUUCCCAUCUCUAUCGGCAUCCAGGUCCCGAAGGGAAGCAGAGAGGCCCUCCUUCUCGCCCUCGACACCCAUAGUUAUUUGCCGAGCUGCUGCUGCUGCUGUUGCUCCUCCAACUGGUGAGCGCUUUCGGCUCAACAACCUGGCUCCCCAGCCCGGCUCGAGGAAGAGGAACAAGCGGAAGGGGCGGGGAAUCGCUGCCGGCCAGGGGAACAGCUGUGGGUUUGGUAUGAGAGGCCAGAAAUCGAGGUCCGGCCCCGGUGUCCGUAAGGGCUUCGAGGGUGGACAGAUGCCCCUCUAUCGUCGGAUUCCCAAGCUCCGUGGAAUUGCUGGAGGCAUGCAUGCAGGGUUACCAAAGUUUGUCCCUAUCAACUUAAAAGACAUUGAGGAUGCUGGAUUUCGAGAAGGUGAUGAAAUAUCACUGGAAUCUUUGAAAUCAAAGGGCUUGAUUAAACCAUCUGGCAGAGAGAGAAAACUGCCGCUAAAGAUUUUGGGAGACGGGGAUCUGUCUCUUAAGUUGAACAUAAAGGCACGGGCAUUUUCAAAAGCAGCAAGAGAGAAGCUUGAGGCUGCUGGCUGCACUCUCACUGUAUUGCCUGGCCGGAAGAAGUGGGUAAAACCAUCAGUUGCAAAGAAUCUUGCUCGAGCAGAGGAAUAUUUUGCCAAGAAAAGAGCAGCAGCAGCAGCAGCGAAUGGUGGUGCUGAUCCAGUUACCAUGUGAGCACGUCAUCUGUCCUUCCAAAUUCCUGUGCCAAAAGAAUGCCAUCUGAUCAGGAAUCCUUUUCAAAAUGUUUUGUGGCUGUCUUUUGUUUUUGCUAUUUUAUUUGAUUUCUAUUUAGCAGUAACUUGAUCUUUUGAUGUGUACAUUGUUUUGGGGUACAAAACUUGGAGUACGCACUCCAAAAAAGGAGAAAAUGAAGGAAAAGUUUAUCUUCCGAUGAA